UAUCGCAGUAAAUCCGACAUUCAUCUGACAGUUGCCUAAAGGUAAACCGUACCACUUGAGAGACCGCAUCAUCACAUGCGAGGUGCACAUCGAUUCGACGGGGGAACGAGGCAUGCAGGCAUCUACGCCCGGAAACGAAGAGGACACAAGCACAAGCACCCCUUGGGCUUCGAGGCCAAGGGUUUAGGCCCAUGAAAUCACUACUCAGGAUGCAUGGGGGCCAACAUUGUGCCGACAGCAUCGUUGUCCGUUGGGCGACAUGGUCAUCUUUCGAUCUCGCGAUGAAGUAUUGGUUCGCCUUUUGUGACGUGGACAUGGGCAGCUCUAACCGGGCAGCCGUUUUCAAUAUCUAUUGAAUCUUGCGCGGG